CCAAUGGGCGCGGAGCGCUGAGGGCGGCGCGGAGGCCGCGGCCGGGCCGGGCCGUGUGAGGGGAGCGCGGGGGUCUCCGCAAUCCCCUUCCCAGUCCUUCGGGUCAUCGCUUCCCUGCGGGAACCCCGGGCAUGGAGGCUGCGGGCGUUCCCGCGAAGGAGUUGAGACUACACUUAGUUACCUGGAAUGUGGGCACAGCUUCUCCCCCUCCUGAUGUUUCGGGUUUACUUCAGCUCAACUCAGUGGGCCCGACCAUGGAUAUGUACAUUAUAGGCUUACAGGAGGUGAACUCAAGCAUCACAAAUUUUCUGUCCGACUUGGCAUUUGAUGAUCCAUGGAGCAUUUUUUUCAUGACUGUAUUGUCUCCCUUAGGAUAUAUCAAGCUCUCCUCAGUUCGCAUGCAGGGGUUGCUUCUUCUCAUUUUUGUGAAGCAAGUCCACCUUCCCUUCAUCCGGGACAUCCAAACCCARUACACACGGACAGGCCUCUAUGGAUACUGGGGGAACAAAGGAGGAGUCAGCAUCAGCAUGUCCCUCUUUGGUCACCCAGUUUGUUUAGUSAACUGCCACUUGCCAGCUCACAUGGAAAACACGGAGCAGCGGCUGGAUGACUUUGAGACAAUUCUGGAAAUGCGUUUUGAUGGAGAAAAUAUUCCAAGUCCCUUGGAUCAUGAGGUUCUCUUCUGGUUUGGAGAUCUAAACUUCCGGAUAGCAGAUUAUGGGAUACACUUUGUCCGGGAAUCCAUCCAGAACAGGCGUUUCAGUCUGCUGUGGGAAAAGGACCAGCUAAAUAUGGCAAAAAAGAACGAAUCUUUUCUUAAGGAAUUCAAAGAGGGUCCUCUGCAGUUUAAACCCACCUACAAGUUUGACCUUGACUCGGAUGUCUAUGACACAAGAGAAAAGAAGUCCCUGUUUUGGUUUAAUGAGAAGAAAAGAAAGCCAGCGUGGACUGAUAGAAUUCUUUGGAAAGUGAAAAAUUCCAGUGAGGUUGAAUCAAAGGAAGGCGAAUUCCCUGCAGAAGAGAAUCUGAUUUCUGUUACUCUGAAUAACUAUACCAGUCACAUGAGCUAUGGCAUCAGCGAUCACAAACCUGUCACAGGAACUUUCGUGCUUGAGAUGAAGCCUCUUCUCUCAGAUCCCUUGGUCGUGCUGAAUCCUGAGGGUGAGUGGAGUGCAGACCAUGAUGUUGUUGUCCGCUACUCCACGGUGUCUGAAUUCCCGAGCAGUUCUUGGGACUGGAUUGGGCUCUUCCAGGUGACUUUCAGGCACGUGAAUGAUUAUGUUACUUACGCUUGGGUGGAAGAUGAUGAAAUUGCUUUCAACGCAAACAGUAGACAAGUUUACAUGAGUGCUUCAGAAAUACCUCAGACGGGAGGAGAAUUUUUGCUUUGUUACUAUAGCAAUAACUUUCAGUCAAUAGUUGGCAUCAGUGAGCCUUUUCAGAUUCAGCCUCUCCAAACACAAAAGGAUCAGACAGAGGGAUGGAGCAGUUGGCUGCAGAAACCUGACAAUCCAGAAUUGGAUAGUGAUUCUGAACAAAGGAAAGGCACUUAGUGGUCCUGGUUCAGGAGUCAGAUGAUUCUUUAUGUCUUAGUGAUUGUAAGCUUUUACUCUUAGAAGAUGGAGUAAGACAGGUAGGAUUGUUCAGAAACUUUGGAAGCUCGUAGAAGAUAAUUUAUUGUGGAAAUGGAUAUUUUUAUUCUGAGGAGAGUAACUCUCUUGCACUGGAUGAGAAUUGUAAAAAUAGCACUUAAUAAAUGCUGUAUGUUUUAAGGUGGUAGACAUUUCUAAUACAAUGAUUUAACCUAAGGAAGUUGCAAUUUAAUAGAUUUUUAGGCUUGUUCCUUUUUUUUGUAGAGGAUAUUUUAUUUACGAUGCAGUAUUUACUAUGCUGUAACCACUUAACAAUUGAUUUCCAAAUUUUGAGUUUAAAUGAAGUUAUUUAAAAAUUAUUUAUUAGAUACAGCUAGUUAGCUUGUUUUGAAAUUUUAUUUGACUUUCAAAUGUAAGCUAAUUACCUUUUGGGAAACAUCAGUGACAUCAAGUCACAUGAAAACAAAAUCAUUGGAGUGUGUAAAGUCUCCUUUGGUAGAUCCUUCUCUUCAUGCCUUACUGAGAACUCUUUGUAGGAUUUUCCAUUUCUGAUUUUUCCAAAUUGAAAUGCAUUUACCAAAAUGCACURUUCCUGAUUUUUUUAAUUCUUCUUUUAUAAAACAAUUAAGCAAUUUGCCUAUUGCCUUUCUCCCCCUCAUUAAAAAAAGUAAAAUAAACCCAUUUUAUACCAGUCCCUGGCUCGGAGUUAGCCAGGAUCCUACAAUUUCUGAAGGACUUUGCAGAAGCUGAGAAAUGCUUUAGCACAGGUGAGCAGCCCAUGGUUGAUGAUGCAUUUGCCAUAAUCUUUGAAAAUUGUAAAACUCUUCCAUUUAUAGCAAUCAGUCUGCAAACUUYGUUGUUUUUUCUAGAGGUGCUCAGACCUUACUGUAUCCUGUGCACUUGAGGGUGGRGAUGGAAUAAGGAACUUUGUGUACCUUUAGGAACCUGAAAGGUAGUUAGCUUCAGAAAGGGUCUUGUUUCUUGGUGAGGAAAUCGAGAUCUUUGGAAAGGGUAGGAAGGGGUGCCAACAUUCCACAGAAUCUCAGACUGAAGUGCUGUAACAGAGCACUUGUGAGUCUGCCAUGUUCUAUAUCCACAGCUCCCUACCAUGUGUGGUGACUGGAGUGGUUAGGGAUGGAAAAGAGCAAAUUUGGUUCAAGUGGAAGAGCAAAGAGUGUUGGGGUGUUUAUGCUGGAAUGCUGUUUCAGAACUGAGUGGAUUCCUUUUUGCUCUUUUUCUCAAAGCCUUAUUUUUUCAGGAUUUUUUUGGCAUAGAAAGUUAACACCUUGAUAGGACAUUUGUUUUGCUUCUGUCAUUCACUGUAUAAAAUCUUCUUGAGGUCCAGGUGUUCUUGUGUUUUGUUGAAGCUCUGACAUAGGUUUCUGCUUAGCUAGUUGCAGUGGGGUUUAGGAACACUUGGCCUCUGUAGGGAUUUGUUGUAUCUCAGCUUAAUUCUUGGUGUUGGGAACCGUUCCCAGUUGUGAGUAGUGAGGGCAGGUUCAGAGGAUAUUGUGUUCAUUGCAUGGAUUAACACUGCCUUGAGGUUUACAGUUUGUACAUUCCUGUUACACUUUGGAACAAUAUUAGAAACAUUUUUUUGCAUUUAUAUUGGUCUCCCAAGAAUUUGUUUUGCACUGAAUCUUUCAGAUAUGUGACUCCUCAUGGCAAUUAGGGCAUUGGACAAAUCCCUGUUUUGACCUGCAAUAACUUUUGCAGUUUCUGAGUUGUGCUCUGUUUCUGGUUUCACAUGUGUUAA